ACAAGAAUGUAUGUGCUAGCUGUGGUGGUGGUGGUGUGUCUGGGGGCAGGGGCCAGCUCUGCCCCUGCGGCUGAUGAGAUAAGACACCUGCCGGGACUGAACUAUGACAUCGCCUUCAAGCAUUACAGUGGAUACUUGUCUGGCGUCCCUGGAAGGCAUCUGCAUUAUUGGUUUGUUGAGUCUUCUCGAGACCCUGUGGCUGACCCAGUGGUGCUGUGGAUGAAUGGUGGACCGGGCUGCUCCUCCAUGGAGGGCCUGCUAGCAGAGCUGGGACCCUACCUGGUCAACCCUGAUGGCAAGACCCUGAAGAACCCCUAUGGCUGGAAUGUUAUGGCAAAUGUGUUAUUCCUUGAGGCGUCAGCUUGUGUUGGGUUAUCUUAUGACGACAAUAAUAACUGUGAGACUGGUGACGAUGAGACAUCUAAUUACUUGGCUCUUCAGGACUUCUUCCAAAACAAGUUCCCUGAGUACUGAAACAACAGCUUCUUUAUCACUGGAGAGUCCUAUGGAGAUACAUAUGUGCCCACCUUGGCUGUGAGGGUCCUCAAGGGAAAGGAUACAUUCCCCAUCAACCUGCAGGGCUAUGCUAUAGGCAAUGGUUUGUCCAGCUAUGAGCUCAAUGAUGACUCCAUCAUUUUCUUUGGUUACUACCACGGCCUCUUCGGGGAUGACCUUUGGGUUCGCCUGGUGGAACACUGCUGCAGUGGUGGCCGCGCUUCCAGGCAAACCUGCAACUUCUCCAACUCCAAGUGGCCGAUGUGUGCCCUGGCGGUUGAAAAGGCCUCUGACAUCAUCUACAAUGAGGGACUGAACAUGUACAACCUGUAUGAUAACUGCCCCCACACAUCAGCUGGCAGUUUUUCACGCCAUGAAGCUUUUCUCUCCAACAUUAUGAGAAAACACCACUUCCAUAAGACCAUGAUGAUGAAAGCAAAGAGCAAUAAGAAUGUGAAGCUGGACCCUCCCUGCACUAACGGAACAAACCUGCUCAAUUACCUCAAUACCCCUGAGGUGCGCACGGCUCUCCACAUCCCCCUGGAUGUUGGAAAAUUUGAACUAUGCAAUGAUGAGGUGAAUUUCAAGUACAAACGUGAAUACUCCACCAUGAAGCCCCAGUAUCAGUACCUGACGAGCCAAGUGCGGGGACUCAUCUACAACGGAGACAUUGACAUGGCCUGCAACUUCUUAGGAGACGAGUGGUUUGUGGAGAGCCUGGGCCUGCAGGUGAAGGAAGGACGCAGGAUGUGGCACCAGGGAGGGCAGGUGGCAGGCUUUGUGAAGUGUUUUGCCAAUCUGGACCUGGUGACUGUGCAAGGAGCUGGACACAUGGUGCCGGAGGACAAGCCAGCACCAGCUCUCAAGAUGAUCACCUCUUUCAUAUUCCAGAAGCCUUACUAGGAAGGUGACCUGCAAUUGUCUUGUGAUACUUUUAUUUAAAUGAUACUUUAAGGAUACCUUCACUGUGGUAAUUAUUCUUCUUAAUAUAGUACAGUAGAAAGGAUAUGAAAUAAUCAUCUAAAGAAAGAAAACAUGUAAUUUGAAAACCAUUGCCAACUGCUGAUGUUGUUCUGUGUUUCUACAUAAUGUUAAGAGAUGAACAUCCAUUAUGAAUGCUUCAUGCCAGUAAUGAACAAAUGUAUGAAUAAAAGAAUCCCUGGGAAAAGGAUAAAU